AUGCGAGGCACUGGUCCUAAUAUUCGUGACUCAGGACUUGGCGACCUCUCCGUCCUGAGCGAUGCUCUCUUGCUGGAGCUGCUAGGCAUUGGCGCUCUGGGCGCCGUGGCCCUGGGCCGACUGGCGCUGGUCAGCAAAUCUUUCUACUGCUUUGCCAAUUUAGAGGAGCUCUGGAAGGGCAUGGUGAUCGAGGAGCUGGGCGGUGGGUUCUCUUGGUGCGGCACCUGGCAGCGGACCUACCUGGUAUCUACAGGGCUGCUACCGGAUGUUGAUGUGGUUCGCAGCGCCAAACGCCGCAAGGCUGAACUGCCUAAUUGCUCAGUGGUGCCUGUGGAGGCGGAGAAGAUUGCCGCCGCCGUAGCAGCAGGAGCAGAAGGAGCAGCAGCAGGCGACACCUCCGAAACCGCCGGUCCCGGACCCUCUUCCGCCGCUGCCGACAGCACAGCGCAUCCGCAGCAGCAGCAGCAGCAGCAGCAGGGGGGUAGCAGCUGCCGGCGGCUACUGCGCCGUGUGCCCGGGUGUGGUCGGCAACGCUAUCUCCGAGUGCGCGGAUUCUAUUCGGACCUGCUGUACCAACCCUGGUUUUGCGCCACCAUGAAGCUGCCGUACGAGUGGCUGGAGACGGAUAACAUAGACAGGCGGAGCGGCCUCACACCCGAGCAGUUUCGGCGCGAGUACGAAAUCCCUAACCGUCCCGUCAUCCUAACGGACGCCAUGUCCUGCUGGCCGGCCCGGGGGAAGUGGAGCUGCAAGUACCUGGCCGGGGUGUUCGGGGACAGGCGGGUUAUUGUGGGCAACAUGCCCAUGCCCUUCAGUACCUACUUGUCGUACUGCUCGUCCAAUCGCGAUGAGAUGCCGCUGUACCUGUUCGACAAGCACUUCACGGCGGUGGCUCCCUCUCUGGAGCUUGACUACCACGUGCCGCCUCAGUUCGGGGAGGACCUCUUCGGGCUGCUGGGGGAGGGGGAGCGCCCCGACUACCGGUGGCUGAUCCUAGGUCCACGUCGCAGCGGCUCCUCCUUCCACGUGGAUCCCAACGCCACGUCAGCUUGGAAUGCCCUGCUGUGGGGCGCCAAGAAGUGGGUCAUGUACCCGCCGGGGUCGGUGCCGCCCGGGGUGCACCCCUCGCCUGACGGUGCGGAUGUGGCCACACCGCUGUCGCUAACGGAGUGGUUCGUCAACUUCUACGUCGCGACACGCGAGGGCAAGGUCCGCCCCAUUGAGUUCAUCGCUCGGCCCGGAGAGCUGUUGUUCGUACCCCGAGGCUGGUGGCACUGCGCACUGAAUCUCGAGGAGAGUUGCGCUCUGACCCAGAACUUCGUGUCGGCAGUGGGUCUACCCGCCACCCUGGCCUUCCUCAAGUCCCGCAGGCCCGAACUGGUGUCGGGCUGCGCACUCGAGAGCAGAUGUAACCUGUACGACAGAUUUAUGGCGGUGCUGCGGGAAAAGCGGCCCGAUGUGUUGGCGGCGGUGGAGGCGAGGCAGGAGGAGGCGAGGGCCAAGGCGCGAGAGGCCAACAGGCGCGCGGUGUGGUGUGGUGUGCGUGUGGUGGUGCUGGCUGCGCUGUUCCGCGCCCCCGAUUCGCAGCCACACGCUAUCGGUAGCAGCCGCAAUGGCGGAGGUGGUUGUGCCAACGGUGUUGCUGGUCGGCAUUGCAACGGUCACGUGGCUGAAGCGACAGAGGGCGACAGGGGGCCCAGGGCCGCCGCAAGUGACGGCAUUGGGGCGUGUGGCAAUUGCGGUGGUAAUAAUGAUGGCGGCGGCUUCUCGUUCGGUUUCAGCUUUGGUGGGCCCGGUGGCGAGCGCGGCACGCCGGAUUCGGGUUCGGGUGGCGGGUUUAAGUUUGGCUUCGGCCUGUAAAGUGCCGUGCUGCGUUACACACACCAGCCCCGGAUUCGGAAUGUCGGUGGAUUCCCAGUAUGUGUUGGCUGCGCCGACAGUGCUUGGGUUUUGUCGAUGAUUGCUCUGGCAGUCCCUAGAAUUGUAGCCAUGACCGGAACCUGACAGCACGUGUGUGUAUGUGUGUGUGUGUGUGUGUGUGUGUGUGUGUGUACACCGGUGAAUAGAAUGGAGGGCGGUCGUCCCCCCAUUGGCAUCCCCAGACUAGAAAACUUCGCCCUCGCCGCCAGACACACUGCUCCACCAAGUGACGUCAGUGACGAGCUGCUGGUACGAGCUACGAUGUAAUUCCACCAACGUAACACGACUAGGGGGCCGGCUUUUUAAAGCCGAAAAGGGGCUCGGCCCCGGUGCAGCCACUUACAGGAAAGCUAUCUUCGCGCUCCGAUUUAUCUGGAAUAUCUCCUUUGGCAUUUCGAUAUAGAAUAGAUAUAGCUUCUACAUUCAAUCUUUUGCGGAGCGAGAUAUGUAACUUUAUGUCAAAC